CCGACUUGACGAUUGACUCUAUUGGCUUAUCAAUUUCUCACGGGCUGGGGAAAAGCCAAACAGAAGGAAAAGGUACGGAGGAGGAACCCCUGGCAUGAAGGCCGGAGAUUAGAAUAGAAUGCUGACUUCUAGUUUUUAGCCGGGUAGGAGAUCGGGGAAGUCUUAAAAGUGAGUGCAUCAGUCUUAUCCGAUUACUUAAUAGAAGUCAGUCAGUCUCAUCUUUGAAUUGCUGAGAGGACUUAGGAGAAGCUUAUUCGUGACUAUGAGCAAAGACCCGCGGUAGUGAUGGCUACAAGUGGGCUACGAGACCAAGGUGGGGUUGCUAGACUGAGUCAGAGGAGAAAGAAGUGGAAUCAACGGGAAGACUUCAUUGCGAGAAUCAAUCAUAUGGAGGCUUGCAGACCUUCUUCCUAUGGGAAGCAAAUCGAGGCCGUGAUGCAAGAAGACAAGGACUCCUUGGAAGGAAAGAGAUUACAAAAACUGGCGCUUGGCUGUCAGGCGCAACCUUUUGACUUGGUUUCCUUGUCGAGUAAAUUCGUUCUUCCAGUUCUGCAAGACUGGUUAUGUCGCAGAGCUGCAGUUUUCCUUUUUCUUGUUUUUCGCAUAAAAGCUGUUGCUGUAAUAGAAAGCGCAUACAAGCUAGCACUGAUAAGUAAGCCUGCUCACAAUCGCAUCUAUUAUUAAAGCUUUCUUUCAUAUAGAAAUAUCAGCUGUAACUAUACUGGCUAGUUAGAAAAGCAAUCCGGCACGUAAGCAAACAGUCCUUUCGACGCUUAAGCAUAUCAGCUCUUCUCACUAUCUUUGUAUCAGCUGUUCUAUCAUUCCUUACUGAAAGUCCGGAAUAAAGAAAGCGG